AUCUUACAGAGAUUUCUCUACCAUGAGAUAAAUUUAGUGGCAUUGGGAGUUUAUAACUUGGAGAACUAUGUCAAAAGUCUCACGUUUCAGUUCCUCUCAUUCUUUGUCAAUUUCUUUCACCAGAAGCGCCCCCAAAGACGCGUCUGACCUUCUAUUGCGAUAGACCUACACCAUCAAGACCCCACACUCAAGCCAGAACAAUAGCAGCAAGCCAACAAUCAAAUCAGUCCAGACAGACACCAGAAGCACAAAGACAUCAAGGUCGCAAAGAUGGCGCGCCUGAGUGCUCAAGGCGUUGCGUCUGCAGAGCUUCAGCAAUCCCCGGCGCAGUCGCUCAAUACCACCUCUGAAACCACCAACGAUGAAGCGGUUCCGCCCUUCUUCAACACAACUUUCUCAACUCAUCGUGUCACCCCCAUGCACAUUGGUAAAUCACGUCUCACCAGUCAGCGGCUUCAGGUUAUCGCCAGCCGUCUUCGUGAUACCCUUGUCGGUGAUGUGGUUCGUGGCAUUCAGCUAAGUUUGGAGGCAGCAGAUACGUCUUUCGGUCAAGUUGGUACUCUCAAGGGUGUCCGAAUCGAAUGGUUUCGUGCCAGUACGUUUUUGGGUGAAGACGCUCCUGAUCUCGACCUCGAAGCUCCACGCGGCGACCAGAGCGACCUUCCAGACGACCAGAAACAAGGGCUCUGGAUAAGUAUAGAGCACGAGAAUGCUGCUUAUGCUGCGAUUCUUCUACCUGGGCUAUCAGACUCUUCAGGGUCGCGGCCAAUCGAUGAUCAAAGCAGGUUUCUACAUCUGCCAUUAUUGUUAAUGCGGAUGCCUCAGCAACUCAAGACCGUUGUGGCCAAUUGGCUUGCUGCUUCUUUCGACUGUCGCGUCAGUCGGAUAACAAUGGGGACCAAGACUAUUCUCGGAGUAUGGGAAAGCUGGAUCGAAAACGAAGGGCUCAACGACCGAGGUAUUGACUUUACCAUAACACUUGCAUUCAACGUGUCGUUUCAAACCAGCGAGGGCCCAACAGCUAUCGACAACCCCCAAACUCAAGAAGAAACCAGGCCUAACCCGGGGCUUCGAUCUGUUGAUAUCACCAUAUCUGCACAAGACCUUCGCCGCUUUGUGCGCGCUGGUAAGAAGAGCCAUAUCCCAGUCGAUGCUUCUUGGCAAGGAGACGCCCGUGAGCGCCGUAGGCUUGCUGGAGGUAACACAGACGACGGUUGGGCUUGGCGUACAAAGGGUCGUUCUGAAGCAUCUCCCUUUACUGAAGCAUUGGGACUCUAUCUACAUCACCAUCUUGCACUGGAUCUUUUCCAUCCCGGCGUACAUGUUACUCAGAUCUCCUGCGCUGGGUUCGUGCUUGGUCAGAGUCGCCUAAAGAUCGUAAUGCCUGGUGAGAUCAGUCAGAGCCUCUCCCGCGCUGCGUGGUCCUUUGUGGCGCAACUUGGACAAAGAGUUCAGGGCGAGCAGUUGCCCCAGGUAUUUGCCAAUCAACCGGGAGUUUGAGCCAAUGCACUAGCUCAGUUCACAGACAUCCACUGUCACUCCCGGUUCGUCAAUGCUCAUGGGCCAGGAACAAAAGAAUUUAGUGCUGGACCGUUCGAUGCCUUCCUUUGUUCAGAAUAGUGCUUGGCGCAAUGGUUUUCAGGUCCAUCAUGACCAGACUGAGGGGCAAUUCGAAAAGUUCAACAGUCAUGAGCUAAAUGAUGCAAAUGACGAUGAAAGUGUGAUGGGUCCAAUGCCUUGCUUGCACACGCCAACUUUCGUUGCACAAAGUAACAUCUGACGAAAUACCAUAGGCCCUUUUGACAUCAACGAAGAUACAAUUCCUGUCCAAGAGCCGAGAAUCCAACUCAGAUCACCCAACACUUGCACCCAGUGUUCUUUUGGGAACACCUUCUUUCUCAAGUAUCCUUCUCGGGCGGUAGCUUGACUGCCUGCCACUGCGAUAAACAUUGCUCUUGGGAUGCUGAGACUGGUCGCGGAAACCCAUUCUUGUCUACUUCAUUGUCCAGAAAGAGGUCAAUGUAGCUGAAUCGGGCAUAAUCAAAGCCUGCGAACUUUCUAGUUAAUAAGUCUAUGUCCUUUCAUCCUGCAGGAUGUAAUUCGAGGUGUCGUAUUCUGUCAGCCUCAAGCGUCGCGUGUGCAGGGGAAACUAGUUUUGUUGGUUUGCAGUUUAAUUUCGCAAGAACGCCUCUUAAGUAUGGUGUAAAUUGCGAGCUGUGCUAUCUAUUUGGGCACCAGUACCUCGGCAUUAUUUUGUCAAGGCAAUAAGUUAGACAAACAAGGCUGUGUCGUGAAAUGUGGUGGAGGUGACAACAAAGAGGGGUCUAUUUUUGGUGAUCACCUUGCACAUCAUGUAACUCGUGCAUUCGAAGCUGGAGAUACGACAAACAAGACGGACAUCGCUUUCAUGUCCUUGUUUGGAGUUGGAGGUGGGAGGUUUCUGAUGAUCUUCAUCGCGAUCAGGAGGAGCAAUGCCCGGGGAAUACGACAACGGCUGAUGGUGUAUCAAAAGUCGGACGCGCCCUACGGAAUCUCUGAGUCAAUGGCCAAGGGCUAUAGCGGUAAGCAAAGCUGGAGCCAAGCUUUCAUAUAAGGCUCGGGAUAAAUGUCAACAAAGCCGGUGCCAAGAAGCCACAUGCAGGUGCCAUAUGCUCAUUGACAACAGAAGAGAUCAAAGUGCUUGCCGUCGCCAAACAUCGUCGAGCCUCCAUAUCUAAGCUCAUGGUGGUACCAAAGGAUGCUAUUCAUAGUUUUACGAAGACCGUAGCGCAGUUAUUUACGUCUAAGCCCUCAUACAAUGGAUCAGUAUCUUGGCCAAGUCUUUCCCAUU